AUUUUGCUUCUCCUAAUCUGCUGAGUGCUGCUGACAUUAACGAACUCUUCAACCUUCCUCACUUUGUCCAUUUACCAUCAUAACUUCCAUCCGUUUGCUCUGGCUCCCAGUUUUCACCUUAACGCUGAAACAAUCAUUUAACACCAUUUUCCUUCAAUCAAAAUAUAACACUACAAGAUUUUCAAUCAAGCGAACCCUUCAAUAACUUCUGAUUCGCCCCUUUUUAUUCUGAUGCCGUUGGUUACAAUUUUGAGUUUUCAUCUGUUUUGGGAAAGACAAUAGGUCUACUGGAAUCAUGUCAAGACCAAUGCUGCUUGUCUGUCUGUUGUUGAUACUGGUUAUUACAUCCCAAUUUGAAUGGAGACAGCAAUUGGUAAGUGACAUGGCUACGAAUCCGGCGGAGUCUCAGAAGCAACAACAGAUCUCAAAAAGGGAACAAGGUGCGAAAGAAAAGAUAAUCUUGUCACAGGAAAAGAGCAUCCAGAAACUGAAUGAGGUUGUCAAGAGUCUUAGGGAACAACUGCAGCAGUGCCGCAGCAUUAAGGAAACGACGACGCUGAAUGCCACAUUAAGCUCCUUAGCUGAAAGUGUUAUUGAACUUGAGCGCCAACAAAUUCUAGAGGACUGAACUCAACCUCUUGACUCUUCUUUCUUUACAUAAUGCUUGUGUAACAUUUCUUUUCUUUUUUGUGUAGGAGUUUUUCUUCAAGUCCAAAAUUACAUUAUUCUAAACAAAAUAGUAGACCUCUUUUGCUGUUAUAA